AUGAGUCGCUUUCCGAACUUUCGCAGGGAUUCGGACUUUCGCCGCGACGAGGAAAGCUCGAAGAGCAUGUCGCAGGUGCAGGCCAGACCUGCCAUCUGUCUCGACACGUCGCUCUCCUUUAUCAGCACGGCGAGCGUUCUGGCAGGCACCACAAGCGGGCCAGCCAGCCCGCUGCUUGGUCCACUCAGCUGUGAAAGCAUCAAUGAUGUCUGCAACAGCGGCGCUGCCGUCUCUUCCCCUGCACUGUUUCACACACGUGACCCCAACGUAGAGGCAUCUGAGCAGCACAGACUACAGUCCCUCAAGGCGACCCGCAGCCGGACGAUAUCGGGGUCACGCUCUGUUCACUCAUCUUCCCGGCCCUACUCAAAGCAGCAGCAGUCGCAGCACCAACAUCACCAUCACCCUCUUUCUCUUUCGUCGUGCUCACCGUCGGUGAAUAGAGAUUACCACGCGCACAGUCGGCUUCAACGAGCUGAGCAAGCGCACUGUCUCACGUCGGAGGCGGACUGCAGUAAGCUGGAAGUCCUGGAGUCAGAGGCCACAGUGCUGACACGACCCUCAGAUCCGAGGCCGUACAGCACUGGCGCUGAUGUCGAGCCUGGAGUGCACAGCCAGCGUGUGAUGAGCGCGACGGUGUCGCCGGUGCCUCGGCAUGCUGUGACGCUGUCCCACGACUUCGAAGGUGUCGUUAGCAUUCCAGUCAGCGAGGGUGCAGAGAAGUAUGACGAGGAGGCGUCGAGGGGCGGGAGCAGCACGUAUGCCGCGCCUACUAACGGCUCUGAGAAGUCGAUUGUGGACCAUGAUGCGCGAGCUGAAGAUCAUGAAGAUGAUGCAACGAGUCCGCCGAGGACCACACCGCCCCCGCGUCGGGCUUUUGUGCUCUCUCGCCGGUGCAGUGGUACGGACGUGGAAGGCGAUGCGCUCAUUGACAACGCUCAUCCACCGCGGCCUGCUGCCGAGGGGGUGGAGAGGCGCGGGUCGACGCGGAUGGUGCCCGUGGAUUUCGCUGCGGAUGCGCCACGCGGGAGCACCGUUCUCGUCAUGGACAACGGCGACGAGGACGAGGAGUGCGCUUGUAGGAAUGACAAAUCUGCCGCUACAAUCAUCGCCCACCCGUUCGCCGCCGCUGAUGCGCCGCUUGCCGAGGAUCCUGCUGUGUUACCCCUUACACUACCGGUUAGUCGCCUUGCCCACGGCGUCGUGAUGGAAGGCACAGAAAAGGAUAUGCACCGCAGCUCUGCGUUUACUGCCCGCCGUGCUAGUGCGGCUGAGAGAGACUCGGUGAGCAGCCACCGUGGCCGCCUGAGCAGUGCAGGCAGCAGCAUGAUGAGUCCGAUGCCACGACCUGUGCCGCAUUCGACUCAAACUACAGCGGCCUCACCGAGGUUGUCGCCGGCACGUGCGAGGGAGGGCCUGGACGAGAAAGUGGUGAUGGCAGUGCGCGCGGUCCGUGACGAUGCCGGUGACACAACAGAGCAGCAGCAGCAGCACUGGGCUGGCACGAAAGUGAUUCCGGCGAACGAUGCUGCGAACGCGUCUGUGCACGCGACCACUACAACCGCUGCGACUGCCGCCAGCACUACCCAGGAUCUUGUCAGCUUCCGCAUGCACUCCUGCAUUCUGCCUGGGAGCAGCACGCUCGAAUCCGAGCUGCAAGCGGUGCCGACGAUACCGACGCAGCUGGACGCAACGACGGCUCUCACGACGACUGCAGAUGACGAGCCGGCGAGUGUGACACCCCUCAGCUCUCUCACGAUGCUGAACAGCGUCGCCGGCCCGUCGUUGUCGGUGACGACGGCGGCGAUGAGCUCGCUGUGGCUUGUCAGCGGCUCGACGCCUACCCCACUUCGCCGACUACGCGACCGCGACAGGGAGGUAUCUACGACGCUGGACGUGCAGGAGGGAGAGAGGAAAGAGGUGAGCAAGGGCAGUGACUCCGCCCCAGAUCAGACGGAGCGUGUGCUAAAGCUGGUGGACGACGCCAGCACUGCAGCAGUGACGACACCAGAAACGAGGGCAGAGUUGCAUGGGAAUGUCAAUAGCUCUUCUGCUCCCGCUGACAACUCCGUGGAGGCGGAGCAGCCACUCACGACAGCAGUGGAUGCGCAGCGACCUCGCCGCUCCUCAGCACCUCAAUAUACCACUGCGCGCCUCGCCACUAGCCCUUCUAUCGCCGCGCCGUCCUUUUCACCAGAGCCUGCGCGCCCGCAGGCGGAGGCGCACCGCCCGUCAUCGCCGUGUCUCACUGCUGGGACUGACGCCUCCAUCUCUAUCCAGCUAAACCCUCUCCCGUCCAACAAUGACGCGGUGGCACCUGCCGACCCCCGGCCACUGCCUUUCCCUGAGGCGGCAACCACGCAGCAUCGGUACUGCACUGCGACCCCCCCACCUUUCGCCAUCGCCGGCACGCAUUGCAGGCUCGCAGAUACGGCGUCGUCGAUGUCCUCGCCGUCUUCGACAGAGUCUGCGCGUGUCAGCGAGGAGGUGAAGGAGCUGGUGAAGCGCGCGCAAGCCGAGGUGUGUCGAACGCGGGAGAGUCUUCUCUCUACCCUGCGAGACCACCGCGCCAGCUUCCACUUGUCGGAGCCAUCACCUACUCCAAAGGACACUACCUCGGCUACCGUACUGACGGUUCUUGCACAGUCGACUGCGGCGGCGUCAACCACCGCGUGCGCGUCGCCGAGCGUCUCACCCAUGCCGACGCGCAGCCUCCUACUCCCCACUGCCCUCGUGACUGCAGCGGAGUCGUCUACGCCGCCAUCGACUGCGCUCACAACCGUCUCUGUGCCUACCACGCGUACAUCGGGGGACUGGCGAUCUGCCGCUGUCGCCCUGCGGCCGCAGCUACGAGCCGCUGCCGACGCCAUCUUGCGCCGUCUGCAGGGCUACGAUGCGCGAGAUCACGGCGUCCUGCCCAUGGAGACGGUUGUUCGUGUCACGUACUUCGUCAUUACGCGACGGCAGAUGCCGCCCGCAACGUGGUCGCUGCGAACGGCAGAGGGCACCUUGGCUGUCACACCAAUGCAGACCUCCAUGGCCGCCUCGGGCGGUGGCGCCACUCCUCGCUCCGAGAGUGCGCAGCUUUCGUCCCCCAAUGUGGAAAGUUGUCGUGCGGCGCUGCUCUCGGGGGUGCCGCUGGGCCGUCAGCUGAGCAGCAGCGAGGCCGGUGGGCCCCGCCGCUGUGUCGCGGCAGCGUCACACAGGGUCUUCGAGACACCGUGUCAGCAACGCUUUUCCCUUAACGCAUACGACGCCACGACGCGUGCCGGGGUGAACGGCUCGCCUUUCUCGUCUUCUCGCCCAGUCGGUCAAACGCGACCUCGAGACAGCAGCGAGCUCGGCGCAGCUGCGAAUGACGAAGACGAGACGGCGAGGGCGGAGUGCCGCGGCCGUCCGGCGACGUGCAUAUCCCCGAGUCGCACGCUAGAGCAUGUUAUGACGCUGCAGCAACGCCGUGCUGAAGAGGGGCUCUACCUGCAGUUCUACCUCACCGUGCUGGAGGCGUUCAAGCAGGUAUUCGGUGAGCGGUACGCAUGGCGCCACUUAGGGGCCACCAACGCCAGCCGACACGACUGCACUAUCACGGUUGCCCAGCCGGCACAGAAGCGGCGAAGGACGAAUAAUGCGCCGGCGUCAGAACGCAGCGAUCACCGAGGCCAAGCGUACUUGACAAGAGUCGAGGUGGAUGCGGAAGAAGUCCAGCUGGAGGUGACGAAUGAAUUCAAUGACGUGACAGAGCCUCUGGAAACACUCUUUCCACGACUGCGCCAGCAGUAUGCGCUGAUUCAGCGAGAAAAGCGCGAUUCGGCCGUUACGCCAACAAUGUCACUCGCGGCGAAUACAAGCGAUCUACUGACGGCUGAGCCUGCGCGCACUGAGGCGACUGCGGCUGCAAUGGGCCUCGCCAACCGUCCUCCCCCGCUUGAUGUCCUUGUGUACUACCGCACGUUCAUAGAGAGCCUAAGGGAGCUCUGA